UUUUAUGCAAAAAGUUAUUAUUUUAGAUCAUAUUUAGUUGAUUAUUGUGUAAAAUUUUUAUUAAAAAUGUCUGGUACCAUCGAAAUCCCUUUACGGGACACCGAUGAGGUAAUUGAGGUACAUCCAGAUCAGUUACCGGAAGGUCAAGAAGUUUUAAGCAUCUUGAGACAAGAGCGUUCGCAACUAAACACAUGGGUCAACGUUGCGUUGGCUUACUAUAAACAAGGCAAAACCAAUGAUUUCAUUGAAUUGCUGGAAACUGCACGCGAUGAGGCCAAUAAAGACUACAGAGAAUUUGACAAGGACCAAAUGCGCUGCUAUGAUAUGCUUGCAGCGCAUUAUGUCCAAGAAGCAAAUAGGGAAAAGUUGAAGGAUAAAAAGCGUGAACUUUUUAUGAAAGCUACUAAUUUAUAUACGACAGCAGAUAAGAUUAUAAUGUACGACCAAAACCAUCUAUUAGGGCGUGCAUACUUCUGCCUGCUCGAAGGUGAUAAAAUGGAACAAGCAGAUGUGCAGUUCAAUUUCGUUUUAAAUCAGUCGCCAUCGAAUAUACCCUCGCUGCUAGGCAAAGCCUGUAUUGCAUUUAAUAAGAAAGAUUAUCGAGGUGCUUUAGCAUUUUACAAAAAGGCUUUACGUACAAAUCCUAAUUGUCCCGCAAACGUACGUAUGGGAAUGGGACAUUGCUUUCUUAAAAUGAAUAAUCAAGAAAAAGCAAAACUGGCUUUCCAACGAGCACUUGACUUAGAUCCCAAUUGUGUAGGAGCACUUAUUGGCCUUGCUAUACUUAAACUGAAUUUGCAUGAGCCCGAUUCAAACAAAAUGGGCGUUCAAAUGCUUUCUAAAGCCUAUACAAUUGACUCUACUAGUCCAAUGGUGUUAAACCAUUUAGCAAACCAUUUUUUUUUCAAAAAGGAUUAUUCGAAGGUCCAACAUUUAGCAUUACAUGCCUUUCAUAAUACCGAAAAUGAAGCAAUGCGUGCUGAAAGCUGUUACCAAUUGGCACGCAGUUUCCAUGCACAGAACGAUUUUGAUCAGGCGUUUCAGUACUACUAUCAGUCUACACAAAUUGCUCCAUCUAAUUUCGUCUUACCACAUUAUGGCUUAGGUCAAAUGUAUAUAUAUCGUGGCGAUACAGAAAAUGCAGCCCAAUGCUUUGAAAAAGUACUUAAAAUACAACCAGGAAAUUAUGAAACAAUGAAAAUUUUGGGUUCGCUUUAUGCAAAUUCAAGUUCACAAACCAAACGUGACAUGGCAAAAGCCCAUUUAAAGAAAGUUACUGAACAGUUUCCGGAAGAUGUUGAAGCUUGGAUUGAGCUUGCACAAAUUUUAGAGCAGAAUGAUUUACAAGCUUCGUUGGGUGCUUAUGGUACAGCCUCUUCUAUAUUACGCGAUAAAGUGAAAGUUGAUAUUCCAGCCGAAAUCCUUAAUAAUGUUGCUGCUUUACACUAUCGACUAGGCAAUCAAACAGUUGCCAAAGAAAAAUUGCUCGAAGCUCUAGAACGUGCUAAAAAGGAUACUCCAAAUGAUAAACCAUAUUUUGAUUCAAUUUCGGUAACCAUGACUUAUAAUCUAGCACGUUUAAAUGAGUCUAUGUCUUGUUUCGAUGUAGCAGACAAAUUCUAUAAGGAUAUUUUAAAGGAGCAUCCUAAUUAUAUUGAUUGUUAUUUACGAUUAGGCUGUAUGGCACGCGACAAAGGUUUAAUUUUUGUUGCUUCAGAUUUUUUCAAAGAUGCACUCAAUAUAAAUAAUGACAAUCCCGAUGCAAGAACACUACUUGGUAAUCUCCAUUUAGCUAAAAUGCAAUUCGCUUUGGGUCAGAAAAAUUUUGAAACUAUAUUGAAGAAUUCGGGUACAUCAACAGAUGCAUAUUCACUCAUUGCGUUGGGUAAUUUUUCACUGCAAACACUACAUCAAUCUAUAAAAGACAAAGAUAAAGAAAGAAAGCAUCAGGAAAAAGCUUUAUCCAUAUAUAAGCAAGUUCUACGCAACGAUCCUCGUAAUAUAUGGGCAACUAAUGGCAUUGGUGCAGUGCUUGCCCACAAAGGUUGCAUUAUUGAAGCAAGAGAUAUAUUUGCACAAGUGCGAGAAGCUACUGCUGAGUUCUCUGACGUUUGGUUAAAUAUAGCACAUAUAUACGUAGAGCAAAAACAAUACAUCAGCGCCAUUCAAAUGUAUGAGAAUUGUAUGAAAAAAUUCUACAGACAUCACAAUAUUGAUGUAAUGCAAUAUCUAGCACGUGCAUAUUUGCGAGCAAACAAAAUCAAGGAUGCAAAACUGGUACUAUUGAAAGCAAGAAGAGUUGCGCCCCAAGAUAGUGUUCUACUUUUUAACAUAGCAGUCGUUUUACAACGUUUGGCCAUGGUCAUAUUGAAAGAUGAAAAAUCCACGCUGGAAGUUGUGUUACAAGCUGUGCAUGAAUUGGAAUUGGCACAAAAAUAUUUUCAAUAUUUAUCAAUCUAUGGUGAUAAGAGUCGUUUUAAUGUUGAUAUUGCUGGUUUGGAAGCUAAUCAGUGUCAAGAUCUAUUAUCACAAGCACAAUAUCAUGUUUCUAGAGCACGUCGUAUUGAUGAGGAAGAGAAGACUCUGCGUCGCAAACAGGAAGAGGAACGAAUGGCAUUUAAAUUAAAACAAGAGGAAGAACGCAAAAAGCGUGAAGAGGAACAAAAAAUGUCACGCGAACAGCUUUUGGCCAAACGUCAAGAAUUUGUGGAGAAAACUAAAAAUAUUUUAAUUAUUGCUGAAGCACCCCCUGAGAAGGAAAGAAAGAAAGGUGGCGGUCGACCGCGUAAAGAUGACUAUGUAUCUGAUUCUGAAAGUGGAGAAAGAAAUGAAGUUGAUGGUGCAGAACGUUCACAGAAGAAAAAAGGUGAACGUAAGAAGGGUGCAGGACGUAAACGCAAGAGGAUCGCUGAUAACGACGAAAGUGAUAGCGAUGGUGAAGCACCGAAAGAAAAACGUCCAAGUAAAAAGAAGGUCAAAGAGGUCAAGGAAAAAUUAUCAGCUAAACAACGGCUUAAAAUUGUUUCAAAGGAAACGAUUUCUACAAGCGAAUCGGAAAGCGAUGCAGGCGGUCGCAAACGCAACAAAAAUAAGGAUGAUAGCGAUAGUGAUAGAAGUGGUGAUGAUACUGGUGUUGUUAAGCGUUCUAGAAAACGAAUCAUUUCAGGUGAUGAAUCUGAUCGAUCCAAGUCUGCGUCAAAAUCACGUAGUGUAAGUCGUUCUGUAUCCAGAUCAAGAUCACGAUCUGUAGCUCGAUCUAAGUCAGGAUCUCGAUCUCGAAGUAGAAGUAGAAGCGGUAGUCGCUCUGGUUCAGGCAGUAGAUCACGUUCUCGUUCUAGAUCUGUAUCUGGAUCACGUUCACGAUCUGCUUCAGGCUCCAGGUCACGUUCUCGAUCAAAAUCAGGUAGUCGAUCUCGAUCAAGAUCAAAGUCAGCGUCACGUUCUAGAUCAAAAUCUGUCUCAAGAUCACGUUCUAGAUCACGCUCUGGAUCUCGUUCCUCAUCUGGAAGCAGAUCACGUUCUAGAUCGGUUUCGGGAUCACGUUCCCGUUCUCGUUCAAAAUCUGGUUCACGCAGUCGUUCCGGUUCACAUUCUAGUAAAUAAGUUGCAACUUUUAAAUAUAUGUAAUAUCCAUGUCAACAUAUAUGAAUUUAUGAA